AUGUGGAACAGUGGAUUCGAAAGCUAUAGCUCCUCCUCUUUCGGGGGAGCCAGCAGCUACACACAGUCCCCUGGGGGCUUUGGAUCGCCGACAGCUUCACAGGCCGAAAAGAAAUCGAGAGCUCGAGCUCAGCACAUUGUACCCUGUACCAUAUCUCAACUGCUUUCUGCUACUCUGGUUGAUGAAGUAUUCAGAAUUGGAAAUGUUGAAAUUUCACAGGUCACUAUUGUGGGGAUAAUCAGAAAUGCAGAGAAGGCUGCAACCAACAUUGUUUACAAGAUAGAUGACAUGACAGCUGCACCCAUGGAUGUUCGCCAAUGGGUUGACACAGAUGAUGCCAGCAGUGAAAACACUGUGGUCCCUCCAGAAACAUAUGUGAAAGUGGCUGGUCAUCUGAGAUCAUUCCAGAACAAGAAAAGCCUGGUAGCCUUUAAGAUCAUGCCCCUGGAGGAUAUGAAUGAGUUCACCACACAUAUUCUGGAAGUAGUCAAUGCACACAUGAUGCUGAGCAAGCCAAACAGCCAGCCCUCAGCAGGGAGAGCACCUAUCAGCAAUCCAGGAAUGGGUGAAGUUGGGAACUUCAGUGGGAAUAACUUCAUACCAGCAAAUGGCCUCACUGUGGCCCAGAACCAGGUGCUGAAUUUGAUCAAGGCUUGCCCAAGACCUGAAGGAUUGAACUUUCAGGAUCUCAAGAACCAACUCCAACACAUGUCCGUAGCCUCAAUCAAGCUGGCUGUGGAUUUUCUAAGCAACGAGGGACACAUCUAUUCCACCGUGGAUGAUGAUCAUUUUAAAUCCACAGACGCAGAAUAA